AUGCUCGUGUCCUCCAGCGGGUUUAUACCUUAUGUUACACAGAUCCUAUCUGGGCCCGAACCGAUUUAUUCCGCUUUGUACUACUAUUUGGAACAGGCACCCCCCUCGGCUCGGACCGACACGAGAAAAAUGAAAGUUGAUGCUAGACCAAUUAUCACUACUUAG